AUGAAUCAAGAAGUGGAGAAAUCCUUGACUCAGCCAGAGAGUGCUAAUGGGUCUAAUUCAAACAGUUCAGACCCCGUAAAUCGUGUAAGGAAUCUGCUGUUUCGUCGAAUGCUGGUGGGAAUUAGAGAUGGACGGUUUUUCUUGGGCACCUUCCACUGCAUUGACAAGCAAGGAAACAUCAUUCUCCAAGAUGCUGUGGAGUAUCGUAGCACCCAACGCUCCUCCCCUUCUCCCAUGGAACAGCGGUGCCUUGGUCUUAUUCUCAUCCCUUCCUCUUGCCGUUCCUCAUGUCACUGGGAUUGUUCUAUUGAAGAGCAAUUGUCAUUGCUAAAAUUUUAG